AUGGCCGACGACGCAUCCACGGCACUCGCCUCCCUGUCCCUCACCCACGUCUACUAUGACGCAGAUGACCCCGUCUCGCUCGGCUGCGCAUACCUCGCCCUGCUCCCGCAGGCCCUCUGCGUCGUCUACGCAACCCUCAUCCUCUCCACCCGCGAGGCCGAAAUCGCCCUCGCCUUUGCCGGCCAGCUCGCCUGCGAGGCGCUCAACUUUGCCCUCAAGCGCCUCAUCAAGGAGGACCGCCCCCGCCGCAUCCACGGCAAGGGCUACGGCAUGCCCUCGUCCCACGCCCAGUUUGUCGCCUUUUGGAGCCUCUCGCUUGCGCUUUUCCUCCUCGUCCGCCACCGGCCCCAAACCGCCCCGUCGCCGUCGUCGAGCGCCAGGGCACUGUCACUCGGGGCCCGUCACAGGCCCUGGUCCCUCCUCGAGAGGCUCCUCGUCAGCCUCGCCGCCGCCGCCCUCGCCGCCCUCGUCGCUUGGAGCCGCAUCUACCUCGGCUACCAUACUCCCAGACAGGUCUUCGCCGGCACCGCCGCCGGCGCUCUCUCCGCCAUCGCCUGGUUCCUCGCCACUGCCCACCUGCGCCGCUCCGGCUUCCUGGCCUGGGCCCUCGAUACGCCCCUCGCCAGGGCCUUUCGCGUCAGGGACCUCGUCGUCCACGAGGACAUGUGCCAGGCCGGCUGGGAAAAGUGGGAGGAGAGCCGGGCGGCGAGAAAAACCAAGACGGGGUGA